UCAGCUGGAAGAACAUUAUAUUCGUAGCAAAAAUGGUAUUGUAAUGACGGAAAAGCCGAACUUGCUUUCUUCCUGAGCUAUGUCUGUUCCAAUUGCUACCUGCAAAGUGCAAGAGAUACACGAGAACAUCAGGAAACACAACCGCCAUGUCCACGAGUUGGAGAAUAUCCACCAUCAAGGAGGAAGUAGACAUAGCCUGGGCAGUGCUUCAGAGAGUGACUUCUCACCCCCUAGCAGCCCUCAACCGGAGAGAAAAUUGCCAGACCCAGAGAGGACAUCGCAAACCAUAUUAGUUGAUAGGUUCCGCCACCUCAAAGACUCUUUGUUCGGGGGGAUUUUUUUGAAGAAUCGUGGUCGCACAGCAAGUCUGCCAUCUUCCACCUUACAACAAGAUUUGGAGAAUGAAGAUAGUCUGGUUAAGAAGAUAGAGUCAUUUGGACCAUGUCACUCUGGGCGGUCGCAGUCCUUGCCCAGUACGACGAAUGAAGGGCAGUGUUCAAGCAAUUCAUCGGACUCGCGAAAAUGCACGUCCCAGAUGGAUCCAUAACACAUGUGCAUUUCCCACAUCCAAUUGCUAGAAUGGCUAUUUAAGGAUGAUCAAAUGACUGUUUUCUACAAGUUAAUCAGAUAUAGACGAGCUGUUUUUGCAUGUCACAUGCACAGGAACAACUCAUAUGUACAUUACUUUUCUAAUAAAUGGAAAAAACACAAUGAAUGCUGUUUUUCAUUUUGUCUCUAUACAUGAACUCAAAGAAACAUAAAUACCUUGACUUUUCAGAGGACAUUGUCAU